AUGCCACAGAUAUAUUGUCCGCAGGACUUGGGUGCAAUUGCUGCGUUAAUGGCCCUCAACUUCACACACUCAAAAUCAGCUAGCUAUGUCACAUAUAACACCCUUGUUGAAGCACUGGAAGGGAUGGCUCGUGCAGCAGUUAAAUAUCUGAAAGAAGCUGCAAAACAUGGGUCAGAACAACACUUCAGUGUUGUUGGAGACAAUGUACAAGCUUAUGCAAAGAGAUGGGACCCUUGA